UGGCGGGAGGUUGCUUGUCAUCGCACGGGUCGUCUGAUCGUCGGACUCGGAUCAACUCGGAUACAAAAUUUCAAUAAAUGUCAACAUUUAUGACAGGUUUUUUUUAUUUUUUCGCGUAUCCGAGGACUUUUCGGCUUGGAGUAAAAUAAUCACAAUUAAGCAGAAUGCCCGCUGCCUCAUUUAGUGUGCGGCGUCAACUGCUGAUUGUUAUAAAACGUUUUAAAUUUGAGGAAUUGGAAACCUGUGUGUUACCGCUUUUUCCUGAAACUUCAUGGGCCAAAGUCAAAAGCAAAUUGGUAAAACAACAUGAAAACUUUUCCGUGGCCAAUGCAGUUAAAUUAAUAGAAGCAGAAAUAGAUAAAUAUGGAGUGAGUCUAGAUGUUUUGAAGGAACGUCUCUCGAUUUUAGAAGUAAUUGACGUGAGCAGGCAUCAUGAUAAAAAAACGUGGUACUGUUACGAAUUAAAAGGUUCGAAUACCGAGAUGGAUUUUAUGACGAGAAGGGACAUGGAAAAUAAAAUAAUCGAGCACUGUCGCGUGUACGAGAUGCCGGUGGAAGUGCAAACAGCUUCGAGCGACGGCAUUACAUUUGCCGCGAUAAAAGAGAAGCCGAAAAAGGGGAGAAGAGUGCGAAUUAUGCCCGUUUUCUUUGCCCUCCUGCUCGGACAAAAGUACUUUUUUUGCUCGAAAAAAGGAGUGGUCAGCUGUUUUAUUAAAGCAGUUGCAAACACGAUGGGACACAGCAGUAGCAAACGAGUGAAAUUAGUUGGCAGGGAUCUUCACUCGUUGAUUACAUUCAUUUGGCAAAAGAAACAGGGUGCUAUUGAUGCAAAAACUGUGCAGACACCCUACCAAGAUUCCAAACCAGUGAUUAGGAGCACAGGUAUUGACUUUACGCAAGCGCACAACAGAAAAGAGUACAUGGACAAAAUAUUUGGAAAAGAUCCACCAACUCUGGAAUCAUUAGCUUUAGAUAGUACCGGUCAGCCAUGGAUUGUCGAGGGUUGUCCAUCUCUAAAAUUGCCUCAAAAACCGUUUCCCCUUGCAUGGGACUAUAAAAGUCCAAGAGUAGCAAAUUUUAUACAAAAUCUAGCAGAGCGCAAUGUGCUCGUAACUCCAGUGCCGUUUUAUUUAUCACAAUGGAUGACGAUUGGCAAGAAUCAUCUUGUCCUCCAAGAAAACUGAAAUUCUCUCAAGCCGAGAAAUAUAUAUAUUUUUUUCUCUUAACGACAGGCAAUUUUUUCAAAUUGCUGCAAUGUAGGUAGUAUUUAAUUUCUAGACUCGGAUGGAGAUAAAAACAAUCUUUCUUCCAUUUGUAUAUUCUGAGCUGUUGUAAGUUUUAUCGGACUUUUUGUAUAAUAAUUGUGUGCAUCAAGAUGCAUGAAAAAAAAAAGAUGAAGUUUUU